AUGGCGCGUAGAACCACGGCGGUGGCGGCGGCGCUGCUGCUGCUCCAGCUCGGACUGGUCGCUGCGCAUGGCGGCGACCACGGCGGGGGAAUGGACAUGGGCGCGCCGACCGCGCCGGCACCGCAGCCAGACACCGCGGCGCAGAGCUACUGGCGCCUGGCUUCCCACGUGCCGCUGAUGUACUGGCACAUCGCGCUCGAGAUCGCAGCGUGGAUCGGGGUCUUGCCUAUCGCGGUAAUGCUCUCCAUAGCGCACUCCCGCCACACCACGCUCGCGCAGGGCGUCUUCCUGCUCCUCAACGCCACCGGCCUGCUCCUUGGGACCGUGUACGCGCGCCAGACACCGGACCUGUACGCGCACAACGCGCACGGCAGGCUGGGGUGGGCCGUGAGCGUGGCCGCGGGGGCGUGGGUGGUGCUGGGGCUGGUGCGGAGGUACGUGGAGCGCAAGAGCGCUGCGUUCGAGGAGGGUGGGAACGCGUUUGGAGAGAGUGUGUUUGGAGCGAGCGAGAUGGCGGCGGCGUACCAGCGCGUCAAGGAGGAAGAAGACACUCCGUACCGCUUCUCGGGCGACUCGGCGCAGGGCACGGAGCGCAGCUCGGCGUCGUUUGCGGACUCGCGGGCUAGCGAGGAGGAAGACGAGGAAGUCGGGUUGUUCCUCGGCGCUGCGCAACCGCACGACGACGACAACGACCAGCUCGCGGUCCUGGAGCACGCCAGCCUCGAGAAACGCGCGCCCGCAUCGCGCCUCGGGCGCUUCUUCUCACAACUCAAGACCUUCUCACAGCUCAACACCUUCUCGCGCCGCUCCACCACACCCCUCUACAUCCUCCACGUCGCACUCGAACGCACCCUCCUCGUCCUCGGCCUCGCCGCCCUGCUCUCGGGCACCGUUGUAUACGGCGGCAUCGCGCGCGGCCCCGCCAUCUUCAACGUGAUGGCGCACCUAGUCAAGGGUGGCAUCUUCCUGGUCUACGGGCUGCUCACACUCGGGCGCUGGAUGGGUGCGUUUGCCGAGUGGGGGUGGGCGUGGAACGUGGCGCCGGCGGGGCGGCGGCGCGCACCGUCGGCGGAGUUUGUGGAGGCAGGGGUGAUCUGGGUGUACGGGUGCACGAACGUGUUUCUGGAGCACCUGGCGGCGUGGGGCGGGGCGUGGACGGCGCAGGACCUGGAGCAUGUGGGGAUUUCGGUGCUGUUUUUUGGGGGUGGGCUGCUCGGUAUGAUUGUGGAGUCGAAGGCGGUGCGCGGGUUGCUGAACGGUUCGAUUGUCGCCCCGGCGCUGUCAGACCCUGCGGCUGCGCCGCCGCGCCACUACAACGUCUCCAUGAACCCGCUCCCGGCGCUGGUCAUCCUCCUCCUGGGCAAGAUGAUGAGCGGGCACCACCAGUCGUCGAUGCUGUCGGCGACGAUCCACGCGCAGUGGGGCAGCAUGUUCAUGUUCUUCGCGCUGGCGCGGUGCCUGACAUAUGUGGUGCUGUACAUCGCGCCGCCGACGUCGUACUUGCCGUCGCGGCCGCCGACGGAGCUGCUCGCGGCGUUCUGUCUGGUCGCAGGCGGCGUGACGUUCAUGGUCAGCAACAAGGAUACGGUGGCGGCGCUGGAGGCGUACGGGCUCGACGCCAUGUUCACGUUUACGCUGACGGUGGGCGCGACGGCGCUGCUGCUGGCGUGGACGACGGUGGUGGUUGCGGUCAAGGGGUGGGCGGUGCGCGUCGAGAGCCGACACGCCAGGGGUCGGGGUGUGCUGGCGUGA